AUGGCUGCCACGACAAGUGGUCGCCAUCUUGGCGGAUCAACAAAUUUGUUUCCAGACAGAAAAUACUGUCGCGAGAAUACCUUGUGUGUAAAAGUAAAGGACAACUCUUCAUUUAAACCUGAAGAAAUUAACCAGUAUAUCCAUUCCAGUUGCAGUAUUGGUAGUCUAUUGGCAUCCGUUCCAAAGUCUGGAAUUUUUUACGUUGAUUACAGAGAUAAGAAAUGUGGAAAAACCUCAUGCAAUUACGAUUCUAAAUGUGUUCGCAUAAAAUCAGACACAUAUGUCUGCAUCAAAGUAGCAGUUCAUGGGGGAUGGAGUGGUUGGGACCCUUGGGGAGGGUGUUCUGUUACAUGUGGGGGUGGUACUAGAACACGUACACGCUCUUGUGACAAUCCCUCGCCGAGGUUUGGAGGUCAACCAUGCAGUGGAGAAUCCUCAGAAUCGUCACUAUGUAACACUCAUAACUGCCCCGUUCAUGGGAUGUGGAGCGGAUGGUCCAUAUGGGGAAGUUGCUCUGUUACCUGCGGGGGUGGGCAAAUGUCAAGAUCACGUACCUGUGAUAACCCAACACCUAUGUAUGGAGGUCAAGCCUGCAGUGGACAAUCAACAGAAAGUUCCUCAUGCAAUACACUCAACUGUCCAAUUGAUGGAGGAUGGGGGAUGUGGGGAGACUGGGGUCAAUGUACUGCGACAUGCUCACAAGAAGUACGUUAUCGAAAUCGUUACUGCAAUAAUCCCAGUCCACAAUACAACGGGAAUUAUUGUGCAGGGUACUCCAGUGAAACUUCAUAUUGUAACACUUGCAACGGUAUGCAUAGAUUUAGGGAAUAA